CAGAACACCGAAAGGACAGAGACAACCAAUAUUAACAAGGCUCUCUUUCUUUUUUUCUGCAAAGAUUGCAUAAUAUAUGUGUGUAGAAAGAAAGAGACUAUUGUGUGUUGCAAGAAGAUUAGGGGAAAUGAUUGCUGAAGUCAGAGAAUAAAAUCUUUGCAAGGUCAGCUCCAGAAGCAGGUAGUGUUAGAAGACCGAGCGUACAUAGCCCAGAGCAACAGAAAGUACCACCUAUCAUUGUAAAUGUGAUGGUCUGUUUCUGAGGCACUGAGAUGAUAUUGCUGGGCUAUACUGUUCUGCUCCUACUCUGGACAUGUACUGCAGAAAAAGAUUGUGAAACUCCACCUCCUAGAAGAACUAAGGAAAUACUUACAGGAACCUGGGACAAGGCAUCCUAUCCACAUGGUACCUCAGCAAUUUACAACUGUCGACCUGGGUACAUAAAACUUGGUCGUGUUACAUUUGAGUGUACAAAUGGUGUGUGGAAACAUCUCCACCCAUACGUGGAAUGUAGAAACAAGCCCUGUGGCCAUCCUGGAGAUAUUCAGUUUGGUUCCUUUGAACUUACUGCUGGAACAGAGUUUGUAUUUGGUGCUCGCGUUGAGUACAAAUGUGAUGAAGGUUAUCAGAUGCUCAGCCAAAGAAAUUUCCGUGAGUGUCAGGCAGAUGGAUGGAGCAAUGAACUCCCGCACUGUGAAGUGAGCAAGUGUUUACCAGUAAAUGCACCAGAAAAUGGAAACAUCCUUGUAACUGGUGUAUAUGAGACAGACCAAGAAUUUUCCUUUGGCCAAGUUGUACAGUUUGAAUGUAAUAAAGACUAUAAACUUUCUGGAUCUAAAGAAAUACAUUGCUCAGCGGAUGGACGUUGGAAUGCUGAUGUACCUACAUGCAUAGAGGUAAUCUGCGAACCACCAAGAAUUAAUAAUGGAAAUUUAAUGACUCCAAAGAGAGUUUACAGGGAGAAUGAACGAUUGCAGUUUACUUGUAAUGCUGGAUAUACAUUCGGUGAAAGAUCUGAUGCAGAUUGUACAGAAUAUGGAUGGCGUCCAAAACCAUUUUGUAAAGAAAUUAGAUGUGAUCCUCCAACAGUGACUAAUGGAACCUACUACCCCAAAAAGAAAGUAUUCAGAGAAUUGGAAGUAGUCAGAGUAGACUGUAAUCCAGGAUUUCACUUUCAAACGGACAAUAAGGAAAGGAGAGCAGAAUGCACAAAGAAUGGCUGGUUACCUGUUCCAAGAUGUGUCUUGAGACCCUGUGACUACCCACAUAUAGAAAAUGGAGCAUUAACUGAUUAUUAUGAACGUUACAAAGAACAAGCCUUUCCAGCACAGUUAGGUGUGUCAAUUUACUACAGAUGUCUUGCCGGUUACGUAUCUGAAAGCGAGACGACGUGGCCUCUGAUCACAUGUACUAAAACGGGCUGGUCUCCUGCACCAAAAUGCCUUAAAAAGUGUUCUCCUGGUCGUUUGGAAAAUGGUAGAUUUCUGUCUGGCUAUUGGAACACCUACAAAGAAGGUGAUGAAAUUUCAUAUGAAUGUUCUCCUGAUAAUCUGCGAACCAAAGUUACAUGCACAAAGAAUGGCUGGUCACCUACUCCAAGUUGUACUUCUAACAAAAUAUGCAAAAAAGUUGAGAUACAGAAUGGUUAUUUCUCUGAAAGUAAGAACAGAUUUACUUUAAACGAGGAAGCAACAUAUAGGUGUCGGAUUGAUUACACGACUCCAGAAGGAAAUGAGGUGGGGAAGACACAGUGCCUUCAAAGAGGAUGGACUCCUUUACCAAAGUGCAUUAAAACAUGUGAAAAGCCUCGUUAUGAGCAUAUUAAUUUCCACACAAAUCAAAUGGUGUUUCUGCCUGAAGAAAUACUGGAAUAUGAAUGUGCGGAUGGAUACCAAACUGUAAAUAAAAUCACAACAGGUUAUACAGUGUGUGGCAUAAAUGGAUGGACUCCUGAGCCCCAGUGUCUUGCCAUAGAAUGUGAAAUGUUGACAUUGGCCCAUGGCCACGUUUCCCCCCGGAAAGCUAAAUAUGAUAAUGGAGAUGUGGUAACUUUUUCCUGUGCAAAAAGUCACAAACGAGUGGGACCUGACUCCUCUCAAUGCUAUUACUUUGGAUGGUUCCCAGCAUCUCCGACAUGUAAAGAGGAAACCAAAGCUUGUGGGCCACCACCCAGCAUUGCCAAUGGGAAUAUUAUCAGUGAACUUCAUGAGGAAUAUGAACAUGGCGACUCAGUGGAAUAUGACUGUGACCUCGGUUUUAAAAUUAUUGGAUCAAGAAAAAUAGAAUGUAUUGACGGGGAAUGGACAUCUUUACCUUCUUGCACAGAAGAGGAAAAAACCUGUGGACUACCACCCCCUAUUGCCAAAGGGGGAGCUGUCAAUAUAAACAAUGACCAGUACAUUCAUGGAGAUACAGUGGCUUAUGAAUGUGAAAAAACCUAUGUAAUGGUUGGGUCAAAGACAGUGAAGUGUCUUAGCGGAAAAUGGAUAUCUUUGCCUUCGUGUGCUUUGAUCUCUUUCUCUUCUGAUCAACCUGCUACAUGUGGACUUCCAGAGAAUUUUGAGAAUAUAGCCAUUGUACAAACUCCCAUCAAGAAAAGGCUCUAUAGGCACAAAGCAUCUAUAACUUACAAAUGUAAAACAGAUGGCACAAACUUUAUACAAUCAACUUGUACAUAUGGGGAAUGGACACCCAAACUUGACUGUAUAGAAAGAAAAUGCCCACCUCCACCUCAGCUCCCGGGUGCCAUCAAGAUCACAGAGACACGAAACUACGAGAAUGGUGAAAAAAUAGCUUUUACGUGCCUAAAAGAUUUUGAACACCAAGGAGUGAAAGAAAUAAUGUGUGAAAACGGGAAGUGGCAAUCACCACCGCACUGUGUUGAAGAAAAAUUAUGUUUCCAGCCACCUUCCAUAGCAAAUGGUGAGAUUCUCAGUCUAGAAAAUCAGAACUUAAGACAGGAGCAAUCAGGACCAGUGACAUAUCGGAAUGGUACCAUGUUAACGUACAGUUGUAACCCUGGCUUCAUGUUACGUGGACCACCUGAGAUAAUUUGUAAGACUGGAAAAUGGACCUCAGCUCCUACAUGUGUUGAAAUGCCAUGUACAGAUGUUCCAAAUAUUAUCAAUGCUCAGACUGAAGGCAGAGUGAAGAAUAGGUAUGAGCCUGGUGAAACAGUACGUUAUCAAUGCCAUCCUGGUUUUAUCAUCAGUGGAUCAUCAGAUGUUACGUGUAAAGCAGGAAAGUGGUCCACACAACCUAUAUGUGAAGAUGCAACAUGUAGCGCUCCACCUGAAGUUACCAAUGCUGAUAUUGUAAAUAAUAAGGAGGGAAGGUAUCUGCCUGGUGAUAGAGUGCAAUAUAAAUGUCAGGAAGGAUUUGAAAGUAUGGAAUUAAAUUAUGUAAUUUGUGAAGAUGGAAAAUGGUCCCAACCACCAAUUUGCAAAGAUAUGAGAUGUGAACCUGCACCGGAGAUUUCUGAUGGUAAGAUUCUAGAUGCUAAACAGCGAAGGUAUUUCCCUGGCGAGAGGGUGCGUUAUCGAUGUACACAAGGUCUGAGCCUUAUUGGGUCUCCAACGGUAACAUGUAAGCAAGGGAAGUGGUCCCAACGACCAGAAUGCAGAGAGGCUGCUGGAAAGUGUGGGCCCCCACCUGGUAUUGAUAAUGGAGACACUAUUGCCUUUGCACAGCCAGUAUAUGAAUCAGGUUCAACCGUGGAAUAUAGAUGCAAAAAUUUACACAAAAUGAAGGGAUCUCCAUUUGUUCGCUGCGAGUCUGGCCAAUGGGCAAACCCACCAGUUUGCUUAGAGCCAUGUACAGCAUCCCCAGAAGAGAUGGAAAAAAACAAUAUUGAGCUGAAAUGGAGGGAGACCACUAAAUUGUAUUCAGAAAGUGGAGAUUUUAUUGAAUUUGACUGUAAAAGGGGAUAUGAGAGGGAUCCACCAUCUUCUGAAUUUAGAGUACAGUGUGUGGAGGGGAAAUUAGCAUAUCCUAAAUGUAAGAAAAGAGGCACUUCAGGAUGAAUAAAAAGAAGCAUCAAGCAGAUAAUUUUAACUCAGAUCUAAGGAUCAAAAUCCAUUGACCAGUUAUUUGUAAUGUUCACAUAUUAUGUCCUUUGUCAGUAUUUUAGCUUAAAUUGAUAUGUAUCAGUUCAGUCCCUUUUUUUAUCAUUGGUCACAAUGGUUUAAAAUAUACAAUCAUAAAAUAGUAACAACAGAUGGGCAAAUAAGUUCAAACUCAGAUCAAGCUACAGCUUUUUAUGAUAUUUGGAAAAGGAAACUUUAAGGGAAAUUGUACAUAUCUGCACAUCCUGAAUUACACACUUCCUGCUUCCUGAAACAGAAAGCAGCAGUAUUUCCCUCUGGCCCAAAUCAGGAACUCCAGGAAGUCUCAUUAGAAACAUUAAUCUUGAAAGAUUGUUAGCCCAAUCACCACACCAGAAAGUUUUGGAUAUGAAUGGAGGCUUUUUUUGAGUUCUGCCCAUCGUUAUUAGCUGUUGGUGAUCAUUCUUCCAAAUGUUUUAGUCCAUGCAACCAAAAAUUUAUCCUGUCAUCUACCACAGUUGUACAGAAAACACUGACUUCUCUGGUUGAAGUUGAAACUCAUAAUGUCUUAAUUAUUUUUCCUUUUUAAAAUUAAAGAUUGGUAUGAUUCAUUUA